GCUGAGGUGCAGAGGCAGAGGCAUAGGAAUCCAGGUGCUGCUCUGGACUGGACUGUUCCGGGCCAAAAGCCACAGAGAGGAACGGGAAAAGAGUUAACUUUAAAACAAGAGAAUUUGAACAUGAGCUCGUCAAAGCAAAAGGCACUGGCAGCAGGGGCCUGUCUGCAUUGUGAGGGGAACUGCUCAGGGUUCCAGCCACAUUCCUGGAGAAAGGUGUGCACUUCCUGCGGCUGCAACUCUAUUGAUCACAUAACCACUGAGGCAGAGGAGGAUCAGCGAAUGGGACGGCUGCUUUCAGACACGCCCUGUGGUCACAUGACUCAGAAGGUGAAAGGAGGCGGUGGCUUGAGGCUCUACAAACGAAACCGUCUGAUCGUCACCAACCCACACGUGUCACGCAAAGACCCCAGCUUCAGCACCACGGCCUACCAAUGGGCCCCCAGCACCACACACAAACUGGCAGUGCAGUUUAUGGGGCUCCUCCCACAACAGUGUCGCCCCAUAAGUGGUACACAGGGGGCACUAGAGAGAAGCAGACAGUUACAGAUACAGCUUCCUGUUUACGACCAGGACCCAAUGAAGUGCUGCAGCCUCUCCUCUGAAGACCAGAUCUGUUCAAUGCUGCUGUUUGUGAAGCAUUAUAAACAGGAAGUGUUGGGAGUGGGAGAAGUGGCUUUACCUGGAGAAGGCGGGGCUCUGAGGGAGGCAGCCAAUCAGAGAGCAGCAAAAGAGCAAGAAACAACCAAUCAGGGCCCAGCAAAAGAACCUGAGCACAUUACAUCCACGUCCACUAAUUGCUGUUCUGGUUGCCUGUGCACAGUGAAUAAGGACUCCCCUGCGGUUUUCGCUCAAAGGGAGGGAUAUGAUGCACUAUGGCACCCCGCCUGCUUCGUCUGCUCUGUGUGUGGCCUGCUAUUGGUCGAUCUGGUUUACUUUUGGACCAAUAAGAGGCUGUUCUGUGGACGUCACUACUGUGAGAGCCAGAGACCACGCUGCCAGGGUUGUGAUGAGUUGAUCUUCAGUGAGUCGUACCACUCGGGGAGUGGUGGUCGGGCCUGGCACAAAGAGCACUUUUGCUGCUGGAGAUGUGGACAGAGCCUGGACCAGAGCUGUCCUCACUCCACUUAGAUCCAUCUCCAAAAUAAUACUCACUUCAGUACUAAAUCAGAACUAAACCAGGACUGAAACAGGACUAAAGCAGGACUAAACUAGCACUAAAACAGUACAGAAAAAGGGAUAUACAGCUAAACCAGGACUAAAACAGGAGUAAAACAGAAAUAAAGUAGGACUAAAAAAAAUAAGGCUAAACCACAACUAAAACAGAACUAAAGAAACACUAUACUCAAACUCAGUGAGAUUGUCCCACAAUGCUGUGGGUCUAUGCUAUUACAGGUUUUGCCAUAGAAAAAAUAUCCAUUGAGAUGUUUGAUUUGUUUGAUUUGCACUUAAAAAAGUCAAAGCUGGCUUUUGUUUUUACUAUUGCAAACAUGACUACCAGAGAGGUAUUAGCACUACAUGGGGUUUACUGUGGUGAAUUAUGUUUUCAUUUGCCACCUCUAAGGAUUGUUCCUAUCUCACAAUAUUACAGACCACAACUAAAACAGGGAACUCAUUCAGAGGCUGGUUCCAUUGAGCUUAAAUGCCCUAUAAUAUGUCUAGAGAUGUAUAUGCCAACUACAAUACUGGAUGUGUGUUGGCCUACUGACCUGGUCUAAAUAAGGACUAAAUAUAUUGUCAUAAAUGUUUUUUUCCAAAAAAGUAGAUUUUACUCUACAUUCAAAAAAAGUACUUAAAGUAAAUAAAGAUAGGAAUAAAAUACCAAAAUAAAACAUGCUUGUUUUAGAAACAGGGUAAAUGGAAAUGGGCAUAAGCCCAUAAAUAACAUCAGCACUUACAUUCAGAAAUUUUUGUAUAUGUCAACAAAGACUGAAAAUUGACCAGUGUUAAAACCUUAAGCGUGUUAGAUAAAAAAAAUUCCAAGACAUUGUCAUGUAGGUGGCACUGUGGUGUAGUGGUUAAUCUCUCUUAAAUAUGUUACUGGAAGUAGAGGUAUGUUUCUAUUUAAAUCUGGAUUUUAACUGGUAUAACUAACACUAUGAUUUUUUUGCAGUGCCCAAUACUGUGAAAAUGUUAUGGAAAUAUUGUUACUUUUUGGUUUUCAUUGAGAGGAGCAGUGAGAUAAUGACCCGUGAACUAGCCCAAGGUCAAAUCUGGAGCACAGUGUUUUAAAAGGGACCCAUCUAUCAUUAUGAACUGAGCUACUUUUAAUGAAUAAAAACUGGAUCAAAAUGAA